AUGUCCUCAAAGCGCAAGCCGGAGCCAGCGAAACCGGAGGCGACCACCACCACGCGACGCGUCGGCCAGCGGACGCGCCUGCAGCCGCUCGCGUGGUGGAGCAACGAGCGCAAAAACUACGAGGCCUCCGAGAACGGUCCAGUGCUCACCGGCGUGCUCUCACCUGGCGAAGGCAAGAUCAAGCCGCUGACCGGCUCCUCUCCAUCUCCACCGCACAGCAAGCGCAAGGUCGAGCCGCGCCGCCGCAAGAAGAAGGUGGCGUUUGAAGGAGGAUACCCUGGAGGCGUGCUCGACGAGGCAGACGCACCAACAGAGGAGUGGGCGCCGCCAGACGAGCUUCCUCUGGCAGCACCACAGCCGCUGGAGGAGGAGGCGAAGGCGGAGACUGCGCAGCAAGCAGAGCUGGAGGCCGAGGCGGCGCCGCCCGUGGGCCCUCCGAGUGUGAGCGAGACGAUCCGUCGAGACGAGGCAGCGCGCGACGAUCUCGAGAUCGAGGUGGACGGGGCGCGGGACUCGGAAACGUACUCAGAGACCUCUGAAGACGAGGCCGAGGACAACACCACACAGGCCUCAGCGAAGACAACCGAGGACAAGAUGGAAACGACUCCGUCUCCCGCGCCCGCUCGCAAGCGUUUCGAGCAAGCGGAGGCCGGUGCAGCUGAAGGCGAGAGCGAGACGCUGGCGCCCGAGCAGCGCAGCAUGGAGGCGGAACCCGCCCCUGCGCCGGGCGACGCCAAGCUGGUCGAGGAGCCCGUGGGCAAGGAGACCGCGCCGCCGGAGGCACCCGCGCAGGCGGCCGCUGCGGCGGUCCUUCCGAAGGCAUCGACGCUCAAGCUGCCCGGAAUCGACAUCACGAGGCAUCGUCAUUUCCCGCUCUCUGCGAGGAACGCUCGGCCACAGCUCCCAUCUUCGCCGGCGAAGCGCGUCGUCUCAUUGACAGCGACGGGCCUGGGCGCGAUCUCGCUCAAGACGGCGGCCACGCCCAAGGCGGUGGCGAAGGCGGCUACCAAGCCCGUGGCGACUGCACCGGAUGUUGAGGAGGAGGCGAGCGAGGCGGCUUACGCGACGCUCCUCACGCAGCUGCGCCGGUUCUACGGCGAGUUCGAGCCCACCCGCCUCAUCGAGCGGGACGGAGCGGCCGUCAAGGAGAUUGCGCGCCAUUACGCGGUGCCGGGCCGCGAGGCUGAGCUCCGGCAAAAGCUGCUGUCCAAGUACGGCCACACCCACGAUCUGAUGCCGCCGCCGAUGUCGCCGGUGCCCGCGCAGUCUGCGGCGAUGAUGGCGCCGCUGAGCGCCUCGGCGGCGGCGGCACCUACCCCUGUCAUGGCGGCAGCCUCGCAGCCGCUGCUCGCGUUGGACGGCCCAUUCACGGCGCGCGCGCUACCGAUCAAGCCGGCAAAGCCGCUGGACUCGCCGUCUCCAUCGCAAGAGGGACGCGCCGCGGAGCCUGCGGCGGCGGAGGACAAGACCGUCACGCUCCCGGCGGGCUGGGAGGAGUCUUGGGGCCGCAAGGCGCUGUACUACGUGAAGCGCAACGGGUCCGACAAGGAAGACCCAAAGCCCCUCGAGGAGGACGACAUCCCCCUCGCCAUGCGGAUUGCGUUCCAACACAAGCUCGACCUCCCCGCCAUGCAGCAGUGA